AAGUUCAGUCGCUUGCUAUGUUCACUCACGGUCGCACGCAUUCGCUCGACUCGGACACGGACCAGCAGCAGAGCAAUAGCAAUCGUUACUUUGUCGAACCGUCGUUGUGCCGUCGCGGUCGUUGCCGCCGCCGUCGCCGCGGGCAUUUAUCUCCGUUUAUUAUUGCCCAGUCGUUUUAGUUAGUGUCAUUCGGGGCGCCGUCUUCGUUCAUCGCCCGUUUUUUUUUGUGUCGUUUCGUCUUGUGCGUUAUCAAUUCGCGCAUACCUCGUGCGUCCUGUAACGCGUAACGCUUGAUAACGGUGUGGCGUAUAUCCUGCUACGCUCUGUGCGGCGAAGUUUGGCUGUGUGCUGCCCCAUACGCGGGUCUAUACGCGAUUACCGGCCGUUGUUCGUGCGGGAGAUGCGAUGCGAUCGAUUACUACCACCAUUGUUCGGUGUACCGUGCAACGAAUCCUCGUGUGGUGGACGUGGAAGUGCGAGAAUUACACCCGCUAGUGAAUAAGUUAGUGGAAAACGUUCUUUUUUCUCCUGCGUGUGCCUUACAGGCGUGGUGUCUGUGAUACGGUGCGAGUGAGGACGUAGCUAUACUCCGCUCGUAACGACGUGUUUAUAGGUAAGAGUUGUGUACUGUGUGCGGUUUUUUGUUGUAGUCCUGUGUGCGUAUCCCAUUGUGUUAUAGUGUCCGUACAGUGUAGAUGAGUGCCAGUCUAGUCAUAUUGUCUCAUGGUCUCAUCAAAUUGUCGUGUAGUAUAGUUAAGACGGCGUCCGUCGCGCCACGCCAGUUACGUGUCACAUCGCGUCUGUGAUCUUGUGUCUCUGUGCAACGAAUCACCCCUGUGAUAAAGCCUAAUUAGCUCAACACGCACAAUCAACAGCAGUACGCAAUCAACCACUUCGAUUGACUGGAGAGAACACUUCUACGAGCAAUUCUUUACCGUACAAGAACUCCGUGCCUGUCCUCCUCACGCGAUACUUCUUCUCCUUCCAUGAGCUAACCUGGUAGCGGCCAGAAUCCACAUCUAUCCACCAAUCAUGUCCAGCAGUUUGUCGACCAUGCCGUUCUCGCGGCAGUACGGUUCGUUCCGGAUGUCAGGUCCCGGCAACGGUACCACCACCGCUCCAGGCAAUUGUUCGCCCGGAGCCGGAAACGCGCAUCAUCGGGUGACGCACGGUGGCAUUAGUCAAGCGUCGCGCCAUUCUUCCGGCACCGAAACCGGGGGACAGGUUGCGUCCACCGCUCGCUUACAGAUGGCGCCCCUUAGCUACCGUAUUGGCAAUCUGGCGCGCAAUUCCAGCAAUAACUGGAUCAGUAAUAGCAACAACAGUACCACCACGUUUGCUGCUAUUCGGCAACAGAAGAUCUCAGCACAGCAGCAUCAAGAGCAUACUGCGGGACGUCCUGCUGUAAGUGCGGUUAGCAAACAGCAGCAACCACCAGCAACCUGCGCAGUGCAUCGUGCCACUGGACCGUCGGCAAAGAAGAUGGGCGAACCGAUCGGGGACUCGCCACUGUUACAGUCGCCCCGCAUCAUUGCUCGCUCGGCACGCAUCGUGGAGCCAAACGCUUGGAACCGGAGGCUUACGACGUCCAGCUUUUGCACGAUGGCGAGUACCGCAGCUAGUCAGCCACAGCAUUCGGGCAACCGGUUACUGCAGACGUCACUCGCCUGCCGGAAGUCACCCGGCAGCUCCGGAACAUCCGUCGAAUCGAUCGUACCGAAGUAUACGCGAUCGUCCGGUGCUGCGAAUGGUGGAGGUACCGGCGGUAAUGGUGUUGGUGCUGGAGGCGUCGAAUCAACUGCUGCUCAGAAGCGAACGUAUAAUGCGCACAAGCCACAGAUGCGUGUAGUGUCCAGCCGUACCCUCACGAAUACGACCGGCCGUGUAGGGGGCACAGUGGCGAAGAAGGCAACCGGUGCCACCACCGCCGGUUCGAACGCAUCUCAAGAUGCUGCCGAGCGUGAAGUGGCCAAGGUGCUGCACCAUCACAAUAUGCGUGUGAUCGAUCUGCUCAACAACAACCAUCUGCAGACGAAUCGAUCGACCAACGGGCGCGUGAUUAAGGAAAACAACGAAAACCAUCAACCGGCGGUGCUGCUGGCCUCGAACGGAGGACAGAAGCUGUCCGGGCCGAAGGCGAAAGGAUCUGCCAUACCGCAACGCUUGCCACUAGCGGACCGUGAUCAACCGACCGACCGUAACAGACGGUUACUGUUGGGCGAAUGUUUUUCCAGCAAGUUCCCGAACGGGUUGCCAUUCGAGCAGGAGUUCUACUAUCGACGCACCGGCCAGGACUCGGACACUGCCCAACCUUUGCCCGAGGCUGAGCAAGAUGUCGAGAAGGGUUUGGAGGAGGUGGAAGAGGAGGAAGAUGAUGAUGCACAACACCGCAUCGUUGAUGCGUACGAACGGCACCGGAAGGCGAAAAAGCACGCACUACUACCCCGCCGACAGAUGGGGGGACAAGGUGGCGGUGUGAUGUUGGCUGGGCGACGCGUUGCAAUGACGCAGCAGGACUUGCAGCGUAGCCGCAGUGUGUCGUCUUCGGAUGAUGCGACACCGCACGCUACCACUUCCACCCCGCCGGAAGAGCGUCGAUCUGUGUCGGCUGUCGAGCGGGAACACGACGACGAUGAAGCCCUGUACGUAGACUUCACCAAGAUCCACGACCCGCAGUCGGUGGGCGAACCGGCCGAGGACGAAGAGGCGGGUGAUGGGCAAACAUCCGUGGUGGAGUAUCGUAACAUUAAUCAUAGCAGCUAUUACUACAAAUUCGAGAGCAUCAGCAGCAGCACCCACCGGAAGGAGCAAGCGCGUCGGAAGUUGCUACAGCGACGGCCGGGCGAUGCUGCUGGUGGCAGCGGCGAUGGGCGACCGGAGGUGAUGAUGCGCAGCCGUUACCAGCGUUCACGGCUCGGGUUGGACCGGGCGGGUGGGUCCAAUCCCGACGCGAAUGGUAAUACCGGGCGCGAAUAUUACGACGACGACGAGGAACGGGUACAGCGCCGUGGUGAUCCAGAGGAACAGCUCGAGGAGUAUGAGGAGGAGGAGGAUGAGGAGGACGAGGAGGAAGGCGAGGAUGGAGAGGAAGAUGAAGAGGAGGGCGAGAGGUCGACGGUGUACGUGGCCGUCGCUACGUGGGUUCCGAAGUGCAACCGGUUACCGAACGAGAGCAGCGAAAAUAACAACACGAUCAAUCUCACGCUGUCCACUAACAACGAAAACGUUGACCAACAUCAGCAACAGCAGCACCAGCAGCCUACAAGGAUUGCAGUUGCAGCAAACACCGCCACCAACACCGCACCUGCAGCAGCACCAGGCAUCCGGACGGGCCUACCCGUUCCAGCACCGGCCAGCUAUGUACAGCUCAAUCGUAAUGCUGGCCGUAGAAAUCGUGAUCGGAACCCGGACACGCAGGUACCAACAACAUCCGGUGCCUGUGAGUUCCCGCUCAAUCCUGCCCGGCGACAAUCGCGCCUACGUCGUCGAGCGUUGAACCAGCAGCAGUACGUGAAACCACCCUUCAUUCGUGAUGAUGCUGACGGCCAUUUGAUCUACCAGAUUGGAGAUGUACUGCACAUGAGAUACAAAAUUCUUGCCACCCUCGGUGAAGGAACGUUUGGACGUGUUGUGAAGGUGCGCGAUUUGGAAAGGAACCACGUCAUGGCGGUAAAGAUUAUCAAGAACGUGGACAAGUAUCGUGAUGCGGCCGAGCUGGAAAUUGGAGCGCUGGAGAAAAUCUCGCAACUCGAUCCCAACUUCGAGCACUUGUGCGUGAAAAUGCUGGACUGGUUCGACUAUCAUGGCCAUACGUGCAUCGGUUUCGAGAUGCUCGGACUGAGUGUUUUCGACUUCUUGAAAGAGAACAACUACGAACCGUACCCGAUUGAGCACGUACGGCACAUUGCCUACCAGCUGUGCUACGCUGUCCGAUUCCUGCACGAAAGCCGCCUCACGCACACGGACUUGAAGCCGGAAAACAUUCUGUUCGUCGACUCGGAGUAUACUACCACGUCUGUUCCACGCAAGACACGGGACGUGCGUCGCAUCAACUGUACCGAUAUACGGCUGAUCGAUUUUGGCAGUGCGACCUUCGACGAUGAGCAUCACAGUACGAUCGUGUCCACCCGCCAUUAUCGCGCACCGGAAGUAAUACUCGAGCUCGGCUGGUCACAACCGUGUGACGUUUGGUCCAUUGGUUGCAUCAUGUUUGAGCUGUACGAAGGCGUAACACUCUUCCCGACGCAUGACAAUCGCGAACAUCUGGCCAUGAUGGAGCGCAUCCUCGGCACCAUCCCAUACCGUUUGGCAAGAAAAACAAAAACACGUUACUUCCACUUCGGCAAGCUGGACUGGGACGAGAAGACGUCCACCGGGCGGUAUGUCACGCACAACUGCAAACCACUGCACCGGUACGUCCAUUCGGACAAACCGGACCAUCUGCAGCUGUUCGAUCUGAUACGGAAGAUGCUUGAGUACGAUCCCGCCAACCGUAUCACAUUGGAUAAAGCACUGCGACAUCCGUUCUUCGCCAAGCUGCCCGCAAAUCAACGGCUGCAUGAGAAAUAUAUUGUGAAGGCGACCGAUCCACGACGCCCGGAACCGGGUAGUAAGCCGCGCGCCCCAAUGCCACUGUCCCUGCUGCCGAUAAUGGCACGCUGGCAGAAGGGUAGCAUAGGCUCGAAAGCUUAACGCGAUUACAACCACUACAAACGCACUAAUACUACAACCGGGGAGGAGGAGGCACUCACACAGCAAUCGUGAAGCUUAAUAGGCGCCACAUCUAAGGGGAAAUGUAGAUUACACAAUUUGUAUAGCAUACGAAGAACAAAAUGAAUAAGAAGAAGGAUAAAAACACACACACACAUGAACACACACACACUACUAAAUAUCGUGUGUCUAGCAGAGCUAUCGAUUCUGCCAAUUGCUCACUUCCAGAACAGACUGUACGCACACAGCUUAAGAGGAUGUUGGAUGUGUAAGUGUGUAAGUGUGUGUUUGUCUAUGUAAUAUGCGUGGUUCGGGGAGGGUGAAAAAAAAAGCCCCAAACGGCAUUAAUGUUCCUCCUAAUUGUGUAAGGAUAAUUUGUGUUUCCUUUCUCUAAUUUUUUUUUUUUGAUGCGAAAAACAAAACUCCAAACAAAAAUCAUAGAAUUAUGUACUAGAAAUGAAAAUACAGCGCUCAAAACCAGAUACAUAAUGUAUGGGGGAGGGAAGAAAAACCUGGAAGAAAUGAAUCUGCAUCAACGAGGGGUGUGUGAAUUUUGUAUGUGUAAAGCUAGGUUCGAUUUAAGCCUUUGUCUUCCAGUGCGUGUAAAAAUGAAACCGAUCGCGUGCGAUAGAUAAAACAAAGAACGGGGUGCGGCCGAGCAGGAGAGGGUGAUCGAUACGCUUGAGCUAGCAAGGGUGAAAAGCACAGCAGAAAAGGGUAUUUUUGUUUAGUUGUUUUUUUUUUUCGUUCUCCUGUGUGUCGGAAACCGAACGAACCAACCCGCUCGCUGCAUUGGGUUUCGCUCGCGCUGCUGUAGUCUAAUGGAUGUGUUCGGUCCGUGGUUUCUUUUCUCUGUAGGGGCAUUAGUUAGCAUUAGUUAGGCGCGAUAUAUAUAUAUUAGUUAGCCGGGAAAUGAAAAACAAAAACGUUGCGGACGCCAUAAAACACUACGCGACACACACACACUCAUGCAAGAAAAGUCCUUCAGAAUAAUCACCAUACAUGAGCCGGAUUUGGGGAAUGGCGUUGAUUGUAAAAAUUAAACGGUGAUUGAUGGAAGAUUUCUUUUUAAACGACAAAUUUUUCAUCAUCAGAGCUUCUUCUCAUCCGCGCGAUGAUGGUGUUAUUAGUCGGGCGUGUUAAUUAAAUAUAUACAUUAUUUUUUUCUGUUCUUACCAUCGCUAUUCUACGUCAGUCAGAGAGAUGAAGAGAGCGAUGUAGAGUAUCUUUUAUAAUUACUUUGUAAAACACCAUCGGCAUCAAAAAGCGGGAGCCUUGAAGCAAAAAAAAGGAAAGGAAUUAGAGUAGAGUUCAGAACAGAAAAUCUAUAUUGCUCCUUUACCGUCCGUUAAGAAAGAAGGGCCGUUCUUUUUAGAAGCGAAGAAAAAAAAAGCGAACCGCAGUUCGGUUCAGACGGAUAGCGAUGGGAAGAUUUUGGGAGUCUGCUGAAGAAGCCUCUAUGUGUGUGUGUGUAAUCAUACCCUGUAACACAUUUAGAGAGAGAUAAUUUCUAAGCAAGAAAGGAAGGUAGGAUUUUUCACCAUCAUCAAACAGUGGAUGGAAAUGCAUCUCCCACUUUGAUGCAGAAGUGUUGUAGGAGAUGAGUUGAACAGAGAGAGAAAAAAAAACAUAACAAAUGCUACUAUAUAUUAAUGUAGAAAACAAAUCUGUUUCUAUUUUGUAAAUGAAAUUGUCGACGAGUCUCUUACGAUUUGUUUUCUCUCUCUCUUUCUCUCUCUUAAGCAAUUUAGUAAGAUUGCCAACGCGUGCGUGCGAAUGGUGUUGAAUGUAAAAUAAAAGAAAAAGAGCAACAGAGCUUAGGAAGCGAAAAUCCCAUCGGUGUAAACCCCCCCCCCAAAACGCCCCAAAAACCAGGGUGGGCGCACUACUGUGUUAAUGGAACGAAAAAAAAAAUCAAACAAAACACCCACACCUAACACCGCUCACAUGGGAAGUCUCGUCCUGGCGUCAGACCGACGACCGAUGACACGUGUUGCGUGAUAGAGCGAGCAAGUGGGUUAUUAGUAUAGGGCAAAGGUGGACUUUUUUAAGGGGUUGAUGAAGAAAAAAAACUGGGAUCACUAAUAUGAAAACCCCCGGAAAGUUCACACACUACUAGUGAUUAUUGUAAGUGGAAGUAGCGGCUGUAAACAACAACAAAGCACCCCAACAAACAAAAAAUGUUGCGUGUAUCCGCUCGGUGUGAUUUUGAACUUGUUGGUUUAGAGUUAAAGACUUAUUUAAUAAAAUGGAAACAAAACCUUAAGCAACGAA